AUGUUUAAUAAAUUAAAUAAAAUUAAUAAAAUUAAAAAUUGUUUUAAUAAAUCAAUUUAUCAAAUAAAUUAUUCAAGUAAACCAAUUUUUAAAGAAGGUAUUACAAAUGUUAAAUUAGAUAGAGAUAAUAAAGAUGGUACAUCAGAUUAUAUUAAAUUACAUGAUAAUGUUAUAAUGAAUACCUAUGGACGUGUUAGUGAUAUUGUAUUCACUCAUGGUAAGGAUAGUUGGUUAUAUGAUAUGAAAGGUGAUAAAUAUUUAGAUUUUGGUGCAGGUAUAGCAGUGAAUGCAUUAGGUCAUAGUAAUGAUGGUUGGAGUGAAGUUGUAGCAAAUCAAUCGAAAAAGUUAACUCAUCUUUCAAAUCUCUACUAUAAUCAACCAGCGAUUGAAUUAGCACAAUCAAUGAUUGCAAGUACACCAAUAUUCGAUAAGGUUUUCUUUGCAAAUUCUGGUACUGAAGCAAAUGAAGCAGCAUUGAAAUUUGCAAAAAAGAUUGGUAUUGCCAAGGGUGGAGUUGACAAACACGAAAUCAUAGCAUUUUCACAUGGUUUCUCUGGUCGUUCCAUGGGCUCACUUAGUUGCACACACAAAUCCAAGUAUAGAGAAAUCUAUGGUCCCUUGGUUCCAGGUGUGCACUUUGCAGAGUAUAACGAUAUUGAAAGUGUAAAAAAGUUAAUGUCAAAGAGUAAAACCUGUGCCGUUAUCAUUGAACCGGUUCAAGGUGAAGGUGGUCUCGAAGCUGCCACCGUGGAAUUCAUGCAACAACUUUAUAAACUUUGUAAAGAGAAUGACUGUUUGUUAAUUGUCGAUGAGGUUCAAUGUGGUAUUGGUAGAACAGGUCAAUUGUGGGCUCAUACCAGAUUCGAUACUGAAAAGUGUAAACCUGACAUAAUGACAUUGGCAAAACCUUUGGCUGGUGGUUUACCAAUUGGUGCAGUUUUAGUCAGCGAUAAAGUAGCCUCUGAAAUUAAACCAGGUGAUCAUGGUACAACCUUUGGUGGUGGUCCAUUGGUUUGUGAAGUUGGUAAAUAUGUUUUUGAACGUAUUUCACAACCAUCCUUCUUAAAAGAGGUUCAAGAAAAAGGUAAAUAUUUAACUGAUGGUUUAAAGAAAUUAAAAGAUCAAUUCCCAAAUUCAAUUUUAGAAAUUAGAACAGUUGGUGGUCUAUUUGUUGGUAUUCAAUUGGAUCACAAUGUAAGUGAUUUGGUUUCAUAUGCUAAAUCUCAAAAAAUUUUAAUCAUUAAUGCUGGUGAUGAUGUAAUUCGUUUUUGUCCACCUUUAACAAUUACGAAACAAGAAAUUGAUCAAUUAUUAUUAGUUUUAAAAAAUUAUUUAAUUAAAGUUAAUUCAAAUAAAAAAUAA